CUAGGGUUAUCAAUCUUUGUUCGCCUCUUCAACCGUAACUCACGUGUUCUGAUGUUUUCAACCAAAACACGUUACUCUUGCAUUUAAUUUUUAUAUUUUUCUUCAUUUAAACUUCCUUUUUAUGUGAGUGUAUCAACUGCAUAUUGGUGCGAUAUUGCAACAAAUUUCUCAUUUGUAUUCAUAUUUUGUUCCAAAUAGUCGCUGAAGUUAGUGGACAGUGUAUUUUUUGUAGACCAAGAAGGUUACUGUGGAACGACGCGGUGAUUAGACAAUAAAAGAUCUUACUCUUUGAACGUGUUUAUUAUAAUUUAAAUGAAUCAUAAAUAGAAAAUAAUGGAUUCUCAAUACAAAAUAAUUCAUCCUGUAAAAUAUUUACAUGACCAUCUGGCCCAAAAUAUAAGACCAGAUGGAAGACAAUUUUUAUCCUUUCGUCCAAUAAGCGUUGAUGUAUCUUCAAUAACUAAAGCUGAUAGUUCAGCUAUAUUUAAAAUAGGAAAUACUACAGUGAUUUGUGGUAUCAAAGCUGAAUUGGCAACACCCAAAGCGGAAACUCCUGACAAAGGUUUUAUCGUACCGAAUGUUGAACUUUCUCCAUUAUGUUCUCCCAAAUUUCGUCCAGGUCCACCUAGUGAAGAAGCUCAAGUUAUUUCUCAAUUGAUAGAAGAUAUUUUAACUAAUUCUGCUGCAAUAGAUCUUAAAAGUUUGUGUAUUUGUGAAGAUAAAUUAGUAUGGGUGUUAUAUUGUGAUCUUUUGUGUAUCAAUUAUGACGGUGCAGUCUUAGAUGCCUGUACCGGUGCAUUAGCGUCUGCCCUUAAAUCUUUAACCUUACCACGAGUAACUUAUGAUCCACACAACGGAAAUACUUUUGUACAACAUGAAGAUAGGAUUUCAUUUCAAAUCAAAGCAAUACCUGUUAGUACAACUUUUGCUGUUUUUGAAGGGCAACUUUUAAUUGCUGAUCCAACAGACGAUGAAGAAAGCUUAUCGUUAGGAAAACUAAUAAUAGUGUCAGACGAAGAAGCAAUAUGUUGUGUACAUAAACCAGGUGGUAUUCCAGUAUCAAAAGAUUUAUUUAUAAAAAGUUUAGAAAAAUCUAAACGAAGAGCCGAGUUAGUGCGAUCAUUGAUAAAUACUGCUACAAUAACAGUAGUAAAAAAUAAGUCGGAUUCGUUAGAUAAAAAUGCUAUGGAUAUAAAUUAAUGAAGAAUUAAUAAAUUAUACAUUGUUUUUCGUUUGUGUUUAA